AGUUACCCUAUAUUUAUGGCGAAUAUAUUAAAGAAUGGAAUUAUUUGAUCAUCGUUCUGAAGACAAAGUUCUUCUGUUGGCGAUAUGAAACUGUACGCAAAUGCUGCGUUCGGUGAUGAGAUUUCUCCUCAGUUUAAUCCUCUCUGUAUGAUCCCAUAUCUCUGCGCUGAAAAUACCACACACAUCUCAGAAGAAGAUCUAAUUCCGUAUCCUAAUACAGAUUUUCCAUUGAAUUUAUGGAAUGACACCGAAGACUUUUAUGUGGGAGACUAUAACUCGAGCUAUGCUGUCACGGCAAAUUUAACCAAUUUAACCAACUUACAGGCUAGAAACAGAAAUGUUUCUCGAUAUUAUCCAAUCAUAAUAGUUGAAAUGAUAGCAUCUUGCUUAUGCUUAAUUUUUUCCAUCAUAGUCUACUCCAUCCUUCCAGAAUUCAGAAAUGUUCACGGAAAGAACUUGAUUUCCAUGUCGUCUUGCAUGCUCACGACCUUCCUACUGCUCAUUCUGGACCUCAUCAUCCGCAAGCAUAUCCCAUUCCAAGUAUGCUUCACUCUGGCCAUGAUCAUUCACGUGACCUUCCUUGCUACUUUCUUCUGGACGAACGUCAUGGCGUUCGAUAUCUUCAGAAGUCUCACAAAUAUGAAAGCAAAAGCAGAAGUUGCAAACACUUCCAAGAAGUAUUUGAAAUAUUCUGUGUAUGCCUGGACAGCCACGAUACUGACAGCUCUUCCUGCAGCUAUUUUCGAAUUGACUGACUUGGUGUCGUUGAAAUAUAGGCCUAAAUUUGGUGUCAAGCGUUGCUGGUUAAGUGGCACUCCGGCCUUUAUAUACUAUUUCAAUCUGCCAGUAGGAAUCAUAUUGUUUUGCAACUUGGUUUUGUUCUUGUUAAUAAUCAGAAAAUUAAGAAUCAUCAAGAAAAUGACGGCGAUUCUAAAUGUAAAGCAGCAUCAAGAGAGGUUCCACCUCUACUUGAAACUGUUCCUCGUAAUGGGUAUAACAUGGACAACUGAGUUCCUCCCCUGGGUGACUGGUGUCUAUUGGUUGUACGCCAUUGCUGGUAUGCUGACAGCCCUUCAUGGUUGCUUCCUCUUCUUUAUAUUCGUCUGCAAAAAACGCAUUCUUAAAGCAUUCUUUCAGAAGAUUUGGCAAAAUAAGAAAUCUUCCACUUUAACACCGAGCACCAGCUCGCAACAGACUCUGUCGUCGGAUCAAAAUCGAAAGCAAUCUUUGGACCAACUGAGUGAAUCUAAGUUCUAAUCAGCUUCGUAAUUUAAUAUUUGAUAUAUUUUUGUAGAUAUUGUACAUAUUUGGUAUAAAAAAAUAAAAACUGGUUAUGCUUGA